GUCGCUUGGUUUCAGUAUGCCUCGGUCCAAAGACAAAGAGGAUGCGUUAAUGAAUAAGGCUCUAAGAACCACCAAGACACCUUGCAAUUCAGCAGCAAAUUCUCUUGAUGUGAAUGCCGUCUUGGAUCUGGGUGAUGUUUGUGUUGAUUCUGAUGUGUUAACACCCCAGAAGGUUGCUGAUCACCUAUCAAGUGCAAUUCAUAGUGAGAUGGGGGAAUGUCCAGUAAGAUCCAUGCCUGAUAGUGUUAUGCUAGAGAUACUGGGAUAUCUAUCUGUAAAGGAUCUCUGCAGAGCUGCCUGUGUUUGUAGAGGAUGGAACCAUCUGGUAAGACAGAAACCACUGUGGAGAGUAGUGGAUCUUUCACCUUACAAGAUCAGUCUGGUCAACAUUCGUAAGCUAGUCUUUGCUUACUUCAGUGAUUCCCUACGUAGCCUCAGUCUCGGUGGCUUCCUCUCAUCGGUCAAGAAUACAGAGUGUAUCUCAGACUCCUUGCUUCAAGAACUUGGAAACCGCUGCCCAAAGCUCCAAGAACUCUGCAUCAGGGGGGCCGAUUUAUCCAAGGCAAGCUCAACCAACCUGCCACCAAAAUUACAGACUCUGAAGUUGAUAUCAUGUAACUAUCCCACGUUUUGGCUAACUGCGGCAUUUAAACAGUCCAAACUUGAUUCGCUAAAGCAUCUAGACAUGACUUGCUCUAAUGGUUUUGGUAAUCGAGACUUAGAAUCCAUUACACCUGCCCCUAUGACAUCUGUUCUUGUUCUGAAGUUAAGGAACUGCUAUCGGAUCACGCCACGAGGGACGAGUCGCAUCACAGACAACUUUCCCAACCUGCAGGAGUUGGACCUAAGCAAGUUGCCUCAGACCAAUGAGACCCUCCAGAAGAUCGGUCGUAACCUGACACAGUUAAGAAUCCUUAGACUUCAUCAGUGCACCAAUAGUGAGAAUGUCCUCUUUGAUUUACACCAUCUGUCACCACUGAAGCAGCUGGAAGAACUUGAUGUGAGCACCAUGCCUGAUAACAGCCCUUUCUCAGAAUCACCUACCUAUGAUGGUAAUGUCCUAGCUGGCUUAGCCAAUUCUCUACCUAAAUUGAAAGUUCUGUUGGUGUCCAAGAAUAAACAUUUUACAGAAGGCCAUGUACAGAGAGUUAACAAUGGUUGUGUAAUGCAUCAAGAAGGAGGUGAUGCUAGGGCUAUGUGGAGGAUUGGUUUCUAUCCACAUGACAGGUUGAUCAGAGUAGCACAGCAACAAACCCAUUGAUGCCCAUUCUAUCACAAUAAAACAAUUUUGUUUCCCAAAUGUCUUCAUGGCAAACUGCACUUUUCCGACAAUGGUAUAAAUCAGAUGCGUAAUGAGCCAAUCAGUUUGAGAGGGCCAGACAUGGCAUA